GUUGGACCUAUACCGGGGGAGGCAGGGAUGAAGGACAGCAGGCGAUGAUGGGUCAGCGGCAGACAUUGUGGAAGCAGUCCUCUGAGUCGUGGGGAGGACGCCACAACAGACUACACUAUCAAGGAGACUGUCUGCCAGGAUCUUAUUCAAUAUUUCUGCCCCCGGGGAGACGCGCCCCGAGGGAGGAUCCGCCCCAGGGAGGGAGAAUAUACCCCAGGGAAGGAGUGGCCGCCAUGAUGGAUGACAUGUUUCUGGAGGGCAAGAUGGAGGUGGGGGAGGAGGUGCGGCGGCAGUGCCAUGACCCUAUGCUGGCCCCCACGCCGGUGCUGCUGGCUCGACGCGAGGUUCCGGCGCGCCACCCCCGGGCCACCACCACGCAGCUGCAUCACAUCAGCGAGGAGAUGCUGGUUUACCGCAAGCACAACCUCCUCUCCUGCCAACUGCCCGGCUCACCCAAGUCCACGUUCCUUAUGGUCAAAGGUCGCCUCCACCCACGGCGACCACAACAUCUACGUCAGCGAGGUCAACACAGGUCAGUGCAUCUGUACGCUGGAGGGACACCCGCGAACCCCGUGGUGUGUGGCCUUCCACCCCGCCUCCAACGAGAUAGUGGCCUCGGGCUGCCUCGGCGGGGAGGUGCGCGUGUGGGGCCUCAAGGGCGGCAGUGAGGUGUGGACGACAGAGAAGAGCACGGUGAUCGCCUCCCUCGCCUUCCACCCCACGGACAAGGUGCUGGUCAUCGCCACCUACAAUGAGAUAUACUUCUGGGAUUGGUUCCAGCCGCAGCCCUUCACCAAGAUAUGCACGGCUGAUGAGAAGGAGAAA